CCUCCAGGAGCAGUGGAUUUGUGGUGCAGGCAUGGAGCCCCAUCAAUAACCCGGGGGGGGGGGGGAACAACCACCCCCACCACCCUUCUGUGAUUUUAGUGCCCUGUCCCCUGCUCAAAGCAUAUGUCAAGCCUCGUCCUUAACACUUCUCUCCCCUCCACAUCUCACAUCCGGCCACCAGUGCUGUAAGUGCCCAGAAGGUGCUCACUCCCAGCAUUCUCUCCACCACUGUCCUACUCUCCCAGGGUCACUUUAGGUCACCACCUGCCUAUUUUUCAGAAGCUUCCCUCCCAUCCAGCAGCUUCUUCCUUUGAUGGUGAAACUAUCCAUCCCCCAAUGGAUGGAAUGAUUCAGAGUGGAGAAUGGGUUUUCUCUUUGUAUCCCUGGUGCCUGACUCGGCCACCCAGGACACCAAGAUGACCUUGCUGCCUGUGAAAACUCGUGUCCAGGCAGUUCUGCAGAUGGCAAUGGUGCGAGAGUUCCUGGCUGAGUUUUUGAGCACUUACAUCAUGAUGGUGUUCGGCCUUGGCUCCGUGGCGCAUUGGGUUUUAUCAAAAGACCUUGGCAGCUACCUCGGUGUCAAUUUGGGUUUUGGCUUUGGAGUCACCAUGGGAAUCCACAUAGCAGGGAACAUUUCCGGGGCCCACAUGAACGCGGCCAUAACCUUCACCAGCUGUGCCCUGGGCCGCUUGCCCUGGAAGAAGUUUCCGGUGUACGUACUGAGCCAGUUCCUAGGCUCCUUCCUGGCCGCUGCCACCACCUUCCUCCUCUUCUACGGUGCCAUUAUGAGCUUCUCAGGAGAACAGCUGAUAGUGAGUGGCCCGCUUGGCACUGCGGGCAUCUUUGCCACCUACCUUCCUGACCACAUGACAUUGUGGAGGGGCUUCCUGAGUGAGGUGAUAGUGACUGGGCUUCUCCAGUUAUGUAUCAUGGCCAUCACGGACAAGAAGAACAGUCCAGCACUAGAAGGGACACAUGCUGUGGUGAUUGGCAUCCUGGUUGUCAUCAUCGGAAUAUCCUUGGGCAUGAACUCAGGAUAUGCCAUCAACCCAUCCCGGGACCUGCCUCCUCGCUUCUUUACCUUCAUUGCCGGCUGGGGUAAUGAGGUUUUCAGCACUAAGAACUGGUGGUGGGUGCCAGUGGUGGCACCGAUUCUGGGUGCCUACUUAGGUGGCCUUGUCUACUUGGUCUUCAUUGAAUACAGCUUCCCUCAGGAGCCUCAAAUAUUAGAGAACUACAAGGUAUCUAAAGACGACGGGACACCUGCGUUGCCAAAGACUCAACCACCCUUAACUUCUGUCAACCCCAACUCUGUGUCCACUGAGGUCACACCCACAGUCAAGUCUGCCCCCCCACCAAACGAUACCAUCUACAUAGAACACUUAUAAGUGAAGUUAUUUGUGACCUCUCUCCCCACCUUAAUAAAACCUUGGUCCACAGCGGCAUCCAUACAUCACGGGUGCCUCCUGAGGUUGGGUUUGCUCAUGGGUUCUUUCAGAACAUUGAAAGGAUCUGCCCCGACUUUUCAGAUAAAGGUUUGAUCCUGA